AUGGUGUGCCAAUACCACAUAUGCCAAUGGACGAGCUGUCCCACCUCGAAUACGAGUACCCAAUUCCAUCCGAGGCCCCCUCAGCUUGGACGGCCUCCGACGGCAGCAGUGGGAUUGCCAACCUGGCACUUACCUCGUCCCGAAGUUGAUUCGUUGGUCAAGAACAACAAGAAGCCUGCAGGGCAGAUGCGAAUGAUGUCAUUUUCCAUGUUGUCGAGCGCAUAUCAGAUCGCCUAUUCAGACGGUAGGUGUCAACGGAUCAAUAGUGCCAACAUUAGCCUGAUUGUGGGCGAAAAAUUCAAGCGUUGCAUUGGAAAUACGAUCCUGCAUCCUCUGGCCGGCGACUUUGGGUUGCCAAAUUUGUCGGCGGGAGCCGAGGGGUAUGACAACUUGCAGCGGCUUUUCUAUAUCGGACCAGACGAUUUAGGGCCGUCAGUGAAGUGUCACUGUUUAUCUAUGAUCGACUGUCAAAAUGAUGGGUACUGCGUGACUGACGGAGCUUUGGCAGUCGGAACAACAGCGAAGCCAUCCAGCUGCUAA